UCCUCCAGCAACGUGGCCGUGACCACCGUGAGCACCUGCACGCCCUCCGUGGUGAUGUCAACAACAUGUGCCUCUUCAGGAGGGGUGAAGGUGACCUCCACUCGACUCCCCUCCCCCAAGACGAUGGUGGGCUCCCCGGCUCAGAUCCUGGCUCAGUUCCCCAAACAGCAUUCCCCCAAACCGCUGCAGCAGGGCUCCUCUCUGGGGGUCUGCAGCGUCACGCAGACCUCCAGCUCCUCGCCGGGCUGCAAGCCCACCAUCCAGAUCAAACAGGAGUCCGGUGUAAAGAUCAUCACCCAGCAGGUGCAGCCCAGUAAGAUCCUCCCCAAGCCGUCCUCCGUGGCUCUGUCCAGCAGCACCUCCUCCCCCAUCAUGGUCGUCAGUAGCAACGGCGCCAUCAUGACCACCAAACUGGUCACUCAGUCCACAGGUGAGAGAAGCCCACCU